AAGUCAUUCGUUGUCUUCACUUCAUGUAAUGUACUUGUGCUAGUUAUGUGAUAAUAUGGCGGUUAAAGACAUUCCUAUGUCACGUUUGUUAAAAUUGUCUCAUGAAUUCAAUUGUUUUUACUUGAAGGCUCUGAAGUCCACAAUAUGGGGAAGUAGCCUGUGUAAAUCUGUGCACCCACAAGUUUUGGCUUCUAAGGACACUUCUAAAUCCAUAACAGAUAGGCCUCUCUAUUUUAGAAGUUUAGAAGGCCUGCGACAAGGCGACUGCAAGCCGUUGGUAGUGUGCGGCGCCCAGGUGGGUCUGGUCAGACCGGAUGUGGCCGCUCAGCUGUUGGGCUACCCGGAAGUGUUCCACGUGCAUCCCGACGCCAUAAGACUGAAUCCGGCCUUUCGGGACUUUGACGAGCGAAGCGCCCGCGUCGAGGAGGUGUUAACCGAUUGCCGGCGGCGUGGAGUGUUUGUCACGCUCAAGGGAUGGCGUGAUGAGUGUUAUGCUGUGCGAACUGUAUUCUCAGGAGAGCCCUUAUUGAAAAUGGAUAGGUGUGCCACAUGUUUAUUUGGCAUCUGUAACUAUGGUGUGGACAUAAAUGGAUAUGUGAACGACCCCGAGAAAGGCCUUUGUAUUUGGCUGCAGAAACGAUCAAAGACUAAGCAAACGUGGCCUGGGCGGUGGGAUAAUAUGGUGGGUGGAGGUCUGUCAGUGGGCUAUGGAGUGUUGGAGACUGCCUACAAGGAGGCCGAAGAGGAGGCGUCCAUUACCAGUGAUAUGAUGAAGAACUUGAGGCGGUGUGGAUGUGUGUCGUUUUUCUAUGAAAGUGAGCGAGGCCUGUUUCCCAAUACGGAAUUUGUGUUCGACCUAGAAUUGCCGCUAGACUUUGUUCCAAAAAAUAACGACGGAGAAGUCGACAAGUUUGAAUUGUUACCAGCUAAAGAGGCACUUGAGCGCGUUCUGUCGCCAGAUUUCAAAACUUCCAGCUGUCCUGUGGUCAUUGAUUUCCUCAUCAGGCAUGGACACAUUAAUCCUGAUACAGAGCCGGCUUAUCCCGAAAUCGUCGAACUGCUGCAUGUCCCACUGCAGUCAAUGUACAAGGGCUUCCAAAAUGGAACUACAGUGACUAGCAACAACGAGAUCGAUGGAAUUAAUAAUAAAUUGUUGUAGUGUAAGCAAACUAUGGGCUCACUGCCGCCUCAAUUCACACGUUUUCCAUUUUAUUCGUCAGCUAUUAAUAUUGAUAAGAUACUAUUGUAGGAUAGGCCUCGCUAUUAAAAAUUUGGGAAGCAGAAAAAUGCGUUAGCACAGUGAA